AUGACAUUACAGUAGAGGGUAUUGUACAACAUUUCAAUAAGUGGGUGAAGUACCAGAAGUUAGACUAUUGACGAAUAAGGUGAGAGACGACGGUAAAUGGCAAGCAAAAUCAAAGGGAGCGGCAUUUUUGGAAUGGAACACAGUAGAUGCACUCCAGAAAGCUCUCAAAUAUCACCACACCCAUCUCGGAAAACGCAGCAUAAAUGUAGAGUUAAGCGCAGGCGGUGGUGGUAAAUCCCAAAACAGAAUGCAAAAGAUAAGUGCACGCAAUAAGGAUCUCGAUGUUCAAAGGUCAAAAAUAUAUAAUAAGAAGAUUGGCCCAGCGAAGGAAGCUCACAAAGCUGAAAUGGCAGAGAAGGGUGGUAAAGCUAGAGAUUCGACGACCUCAGGUGCAGCACCAAAACCUAAACCAGCACCUGCGUACAAAGCACAAGCACAAGCACAGAAUGUUCCUUCCAAGAGCACCUACAAGCCUUCAGGUGCUAACAACAUUCCACUCGGAUAAAUUAAUAGAAUUUGUUUUAUACAAUGCAUUCGUUAUUUAUUUAGAAA